AUGGGUCGCGGGAAGAUAGAGAUGAAGAAGAAAGAUAAUGAGAAUUAUCGACAAGUUACCUCCUCAAAGCGCCGACCUGGGCUUAUCAAUAUGGCAAGCGAGCUUAGUAUUGUGUGUGGUGCUGAGAUAGCCAUCCUCGUCUUCUCGCCUUGGGGCAGUCUCUACUCCUUUGGGAGCCCUAGCGUGACGUCCGUCGUAGAAAAGUUUCUCAACCAACAUGCUUUGAGCCUUGGAGGAAGUAAAUCUAGAAGUGAGAUAGAGAGGAGGAAGAAGGGCAUGGGUCGUGCGAAGAUAGAUAAUGAGAAUUAUCGACAAGUUACCUUCUCAAAGCGCCGACCUGGGCUUUUCAAUAGGGCAAGCGAGCUCAGUAUUGUGUGUGGUGCUAAGAUAGCCAUCCUCGUCUUCUCACCUUGGGGCAAUCUCUACUCCUUUGGAAGCCCUAGUGUGACCUCCGUCGUAGAUAAGUUUCUGAACCAACAUGGUCAGUCAUCGGUAGCCACCGGUGCCACCCGUAGGGCUAGAAUUAAUGAGCUAUACGGACAGAACGUGGACCUGGUGAAUGAUCUGGAAGAGGAGAAGGAGCGAUCCGAGGAAGUCAAGAAAUGGUUAGAAGAAGUGAAGCAUGGUGAAGCAUGGUGGGAAGCACCUAUCCAAGAUAUGGGAUUGCUUGAGCUUCAGCGCUUGGAGGUGUGCAUGGAGGUGUUUAAGAAGAAUAUGGCGAAACGGGCUGAUGAGUUAAUGGCAAAAUAUGCUGUUGCUCCCUCGCCUUCCUUAACCAUGAAUCCAGUGGGUGUGGUGGAACCUUUGGAAGCUGGUAGGCCAAACCUCAAUCCAAAGGAAUGGCGGUUAUGGUUUUAG